UAAUUAAAUACGAUCGGCCAGGUCGCCCAUCGCUUCUUUUUAAAUAUCCACACCUACAUGACAAUAUUUAUAAAUUAGUUGAAUUUGGUUCAGCUGAUGAAAAAUGGCGAAAAGAAGUGGUUAAA